GUAGUUCAAACGUAUAUUUGUUUGUUAGCAUGUGUAUAGCGUCAGUAACUGUUUCCACAGCUGAAAAGGAAUCUUUUUUCUCAAGAUUACGGAAUAUAUUUCAUCUCAAAAAGAAGGAAGAGGAGAAGAAGACAAUGACAACAACAACAAUAACAACUGCUACUACUACUAACUCAUGUGUUAGUAGUAGUAACAAGGGAGAGUUAGAGAGGGUAUUUACGUACUUUGAUGAGAACGGAGAUGGAAAGGUGUCACCAACGGAGCUAAGGAGAUGCAUGAAGGCGGUAGGAGGUGAACUGACGAUGGAGGAGGCGGAGAUGGCAGUGAGACUAUCGGAUUCUGAUGGGGACGGGUUGUUAGGGUUGGAGGAUUUUACGAAGUUAAUGGAAGGAAUGGAGGAAGAGAGGAAUAAAGAGAGUGAGUUGAUGGGAGCAUUUGGAAUGUAUGAAAUGGAAGGAUACAUUACUCCUAAGAGCUUGAAGAUGAUGUUGAGUCGACUCGGCGAGUCAACCUCCAUUGAUAAAUGCAAGGUUAUGAUAAGGAGAUUUGAUCUCAAUGGAGAUGGAGUUCUUAGCUUUGAUGAGUUUAAAAUUAUGAUGACUAGUUAGAAGA